CAAAUCUAAUCUACAAAAAUGGGCAACUGGAUUAUCAACCAUGGAUUGUCUGCAUUCAUACUGGUCGUGUGGAUGGGCAUCAAUAUAUUUCUGUUUGUCUACUUCUACCUCUUCUACGAUCUGGGGGAUAGGUUCUUCUACACACGUCAUCUUCUAGGGUCCGCGCUAGCCUGGGCGAGGGCUCCGGCGGCAGUUCUCAACUUCAACUGCCUGCUGAUCUUGCUGCCAGUCUGCCGCAACCUGCUGUCCCUUGUCCGAGGAUCCUUCAUGUGUUGCGGGCGUUCAAUGAGGAAACAGCUGGACAAAAAUCUCACUUUCCACAAGCUAGUGGCAUACAUGAUCGGCUUAAUGACAGCGGUGCACACCAUUGCCCAUUUGUUCAAUGUGGAGUGGUACAACAACAGUAGGCAAGGGCUGUAUGAUAACCUCAGCACCACCCUCUCCAGCCUGGAGGAUGACGAAGACGAAGACGACGAUGAAACCUACCUGAACCCGAUUCGCUCCAGGUUUUCUGUGCCCCAGACGCCAACCUACUUCGCAUUCACCACCAUCGCUGGGCUCACUGGGGUCAUCAUCACGCUGGCACUCAUCCUCAUCAUCACCUCGUCCAUGGAGGUGAUCCGCCGCAGCUACUUCGAGGUCUUCUGGUACACCCACCACCUCUUCAUCAUCUUCUUCGCCGGGCUGGUGUUUCACGGAGCAGGGCGUAUCGUCCGUGGCCAGGUUGCCACUGACCCUCCCCACAACUUCACCGUCUGCAAAGAUCGGCCUCUGGACUGGGGCAAGAUCCCGGAGUGUCCCCUUCCGCAGUUUGCAGGGGGGUUCCCGCAGACAUGGAUGUGGGUGAUCGGUCCCAUGGUCUUAUACCUGUGUGAGCGUGUGCUGCGCUUCAUUCGUUACAUGCAGACCGUCAGGUACAGGAAGAUUGUGAUCCAUCCCUCCAAGGUCCUGGAGCUGCAGCUAGACAAGGCCGGUUUUAAGAUGGAGGUGGGCCAAUAUGUCUUCCUGAACUGUCCUGCCAUCUCCCAGCUGGAGUGGCAUCCUUUCACCAUGACCUCCGCCCCAGAGGAGGACUUCUUUAGUGUGCACAUCCGCUCCGUGGGUGACUGGACGCAAAAACUCAUUGACAUUCUGGAGCAACUUCCAGAAGGGGCCCAGGGACCCAAGAUGGCUGUGGAUGGACCGUUUGGUACUGCCAGUGAGGAUGUUUUUGACUAUGAGGUCAGCAUGCUGAUUGGCUGUGGAAUUGGAGUAACACCCUUUGCAUCCAUUCUGAAGUCCAUCUGGUACAAGUUCAAGCAGUCAAACCCAAAACUGCACACAAGAAAGAUCUACUUCUAUUGGCUGUGUAGGGAGACACAUGCCUUUGAAUGGUUUGCAGACCUCCUGCAAGUACUAGAAAAGGAAAUGGAGGAGAGAGGCAUGGCAGACUUCCUCACCUAUAAACUCUACCUCACUGGAUGGGACCACAGCCAUGCUGCUCAUGUGAUGGUUCACUUUGACAAAGACACUGACGUCGUGACAGGUCUCAGACAGAAGACCCACUAUGGGAGGCCCAACUGGGACAAGGAAUUUGAGCAAGUCCGCAAGGAGAAUCCCACGUCAGUGGUUGGCACAUUCUUGUGUGGCCCCGAGAGCCUGGCAAAGACCCUGGAGAACAAAUGUGUGAAGUUCUCCGAUGUGGAUCCCAGAAAAACAAAGUUUUACUUCAACAAGGAGAACUUCUGA